AACUUAAACCAUGUUGGUUUCGAUUCAUCCUUCUUAAAGCUGCGUUUGCAACAACUACAAGACUCUGCGAACACCAAUACCUCGAUCCUUCUACAACUUCCAGUAUUCCCAACCAAACAAUUACAAACACAAACCUGCCAAAUGAUACUUGCUUUGCACUUACUCAACUUACAAACAUCUCGCAAUGGGGACAACUGGCCUCUCCCAAAAAACUUCACUGGCACCCCAAUAAAUCAGAUAAUCAUAAACCACCCCAAAGCCUCAUACCUUAA